AUUAUUUCAACAGUUUAACCGCGCGAAUUAAAGACGCUUGCUGUCUUUCAGCGCUAUGUUUCGGUUUGAUAAUGAACUAAAAUCAGUCGUUGCCAUGUCGAUAUCAUAGGUGGUUUUUAAAAAUGGCUGUUCUCAAAAUCAAAACAAAUAACAGCUGUCAAAAACAGCGUACGUUAAUUGAAUGUGUCUUUAUAAACGUAAAUAAUGUGACACUGGUUGUUUUCAAUUCUUGUUUCAAUUCAUGUUUUGAGCAUUUGUUCAAUGAUGGAAGAAGAGCCUGAAGUAGUAGAGCACUUUUUUGGAGUUUAUUUAUUAUACUGCAUGAAUCCAAGGUACAAGGGAAGAACAUAUAUAGGUUACACUGUAGAUCCCAAACGAAGAAUUAAGCAACAUAAUGCCGGUAAGAAGCAUGGUGGAGCUUGGAAAACUAGUAAGAGAGGACCAUGGAACAUGGUCUUAAUUAUUCAUGGAUUCCCUAACAGCACCUCCGCACUUAGAUUUGAAUGGGCUUGGCAGCAUCCACAUGUAAGCAGGCGGCUGAAACACAUUCCUAAGAAAAAGUCAUCGCAGAGAGUGUUUGACUUUUAUUUGACAGUCUUAUCUGAAAUGUUGAAAAUUGGGCCGUGGUGUCGCUUACCCUUGACAAUGCGUUGGUUGGACUAUGAAUUUUCCAAGAAUUAUUAUGGACACAUAUCUCCACCAUUACACAUGCCUAUAUGCUAUGGCAAAGUUACCAGUUGUAAAGCCAAACAAACACAAAGAACAAAAACAAAUAAUGUUUUAUCACAGGAAUCAAAUAUGAUAGCGAAAGAGUCACCACUAUUCUGUUCCCUUUGUGGCUCAAGUAUGAUAGAAGAAGACUUUGUUGGUUGUGUACGAACAAACUGUCUUUUAAUCGCUCACUUGAUCUGUUUAGCAAAAUUAUUCUGCAAGGAUGGAAUGAUUUUACCGAUUGAGGGUACUUGUCCAGCAUGCAAAACCAAUGUCCUCUGGGGAGAUCUUAUAAGAAAAAAAAACGGUUGUUAUCAGGGUCUUUCAGAGACUAACACAGAUUCUCAUUCCAGCGACAGUGACGAUAUUUAAGCAUAAGGAAACACAAUUUUUAUUAAUUAUAAAGUUAAUUAUAAUUCAUAAUCAGUUGUAAAUAUGAAUAUCAUUUAAUUUAGUGUACCAUAGAAAAUGAUCUAACAAGAAGAAUUGUAAGAGGUUGUAAUCGACAAUUAUUU